AUGUUAACACGUUUUCAUUUACUUUGGGGUGUGUGUGAGAUCAACCAGACAUUUGAUGCAUACGUUGGUGGCAAAGAAAAUGCCUCUGGCAUUGUUGUGGUUCAGGAGUGGUGGGGUAUUGAUUUCGAGGUCAAGAACCACGCUCUGAAAAUUGCCCAGUUUGAUCCUGGCUAUAAAGCACUUAUACCUGACUUGUAUCGUGGAAAGGUUGGUUUAGAUGCUACAGAAGCACAGCUUAUGAUGGAUGGUCUUGACUGGCAAGGUGCUGUGAAGGACAUUCAGGCUUCAGUUAACUGGCUCAAGGCUAAUGGUUCACAGAAGGAUUCUUGCAUGGUUAGUGCUCUCGCCAUUGCAAGUUCUGUUUUGGUCCCUGGGGUUGACGCUGUUGCAGCCUUCUGUGGAGUUCCUUCAUCAGAGCUUGCAGAUCCUAUCCAUGCUAAGGCACCUGUGCAGGCCCAUUUUGGGGAGCGUGACAAUUUGGAAGGCUUUUCAGAUGUGAAGACUGCUAAAGCUUUAGAGGAAAAGCUGAAGGCAUCAGGGGUUCCUUAUGAGGUAUACUUGUAUCCAGAGACUGGACAUGCCUUUAUGAACAAAUCUCCCGAAGGUGUUAAGAGGAGAAAAGGUAUGGGAAUGGAUGACGCUGUGGUCGAGUUAGCAUGGUCUCGCUUCCGUUCAUGGAUGAGUCGCUUCUUAUCUCCUUAA